AUGAUCAGACCAGCCAAGGCGCUCCGGACUCGUUCACAGAUUAUUGGUAAAAAUGAAAUCAAGGUGAUGGUCGUUGGUAGUGCGAAGUGUGGAAAGACGACAAUUUGUAACACGUUUUUUGAAACCACGAGUUCUGACACUACUGCUGAGGCUGUUGUUUGUUUCUCAUUUCAUCAAAGAGAACGGUAUGUGCAAAUCGACGAAGAAAUGAUACGAGUGGUUGUGAGUGAUAUAGUUGGGAAGCAAAUGUUUUAUGCGUCGGACAAUCCAUACACAAAUUAUGAUGUUAUCAUCGUCGUGUUUGACAUCACUGAUUUGAAGUCGUUUACUGAUGUCAAGUCGAUGUGGUUGCCUGAUAUUUCCGCGUAUUCCAACAUCGACACGGAAGUUGUUUUAGUUGGAAAUAAGAAGGAUUUGGAUGUCGAUAGAAUCACUCCAUACAAAACAGCUCAAGAAUAUGCUGAUGAACACUUGUGUCAGUAUUAUGAAGUGACUAAAGAAGACACGUCAGAUGUUAAAAUGCGAGUGCUUGUGAUGGGCGACACAGGCGUUGGGAAAACGACUUUUAUCAGAAAAGUUACUUAUAAAGAACCACAAGGUCACGAUUUUAAAACACUUGUAAGUUCGCGAUUUGAAAUGGAAAAAUUGAAGUAUCUGAUCCACUUGUUUGAUUACUCAUUUUACAAAAAUUUGUUAUUGUCAUUCCCCACACUUUCGAGAACAAUCGAAGGGAUGGUGAUCCUCUUCGAUUUGACGAACGAAGAAAGUUUCCAGAAUGUCCACAGAAUACACUUUUUGAACUUAAGUGCUUUCACAGAUGUCACUGGGAUCUUAAUUGGAUACAAAUCCGAUUUGACAAAGGAGCGAGUCGUCAAGGAGAGUGACGCACAAACACUGGCGGAGUGGAUGAAUUUCACAUAUAUGGAACUCUCUCAAAAUGAGACAACAGACCAUUCACAAGCUAUAAAGGCGCUUGCUCAUGCAGUUCGUAUCAAUCGACUGUCCAUUGAACAAUCUCUUUAA